UUAUCAAGUUAAACUGUCAAAGAAACGACUGCCUUGGUGCUGUAGUUCUUGUACUUUUUCUUUUGACUUUGAGUCGGGUCUUUAAAAGGAAAAGCCAAAGUUUAUUAAAAUGAUAUCUCAGUUUGUGAUGUAUGUAUAACUUAUCGAAAAUGUUCUAAGUGUCUCAACAGAUAUACGAAGCUUUAAAUGAACGUUUGAACAGGAAACGGAUUAGGAGAUAAGAAGUCAUUUCAGUUUAGAGAUGUCGGGCGGUACGAAUUUGGUGGUACCAGUGGUGCUGUGGGGCAAGAGUCCUCCGACGCACUGUGUCUCCUGUGUUUACCUUUCGAGAGAUCAGUCCACCCUGAUCACCGGUUGCUACGAUGGCCAGAUAUGCCUGUGGCAAGUUGACCCAGAGACUCUCAAGAUGACUCCACGGUGCCUUCUUGUUGGACACACUGCGCCGAUCCUGUGUCUUUCCAAAGCAAGUGUCGUCUUGGAUAACAAUUUUGUCGUCAGUUCUUCUGAAAAUGGAGAAAUGUGCACUUGGGACCUUGUUGAUGGGAAAUGUAGGGAAUUGGCAAAACUACCUUAUGUACACACUAGUUUGCAGGCUUAUCACAUGGAGGGCACUGAAGAUGCAAGAUUAUUUUGCAAUGGCUAUUAUGCAGAUGUUCUUGUUAUGGAUCCCUUCAGUCUUGAAGUAAUAUUUACACUCUCAUCAAAAGUGAGCCCAGAUUGGAUAAGUGCUUUACAUGUACUGAGGCCAAAUAAAAGAAAAGAUGAUGUUGUGCUUGCCUUAACAACAACAGGUACUGUUAAAAUGUGGACUCUCUCAGGAACUGAAAGCAAGACAUCGGAUCCAAUUUUUGAGAAUGAGAGUAAGCAAAUCAGAUGCCUUAAUGCCUUGGCAAUGAGUUGUUGUACUGAAAAUCAACGGACUGUACUUAUAGUAACCUCAAAAUACUGGCAGAUAUAUGAUGCUGGCGAUUUUUCUGUUCUUUGUUCGGUCAUGGCUGCUCCGGGUGAAAGAUGGCUCAGUGGCCACUUUCUUUGCCCAGAUCGUGUACUUGUCUGGUCUGAUGAAGGAAAAGGUUAUAUAUACAAACUUCCGGCAAACAAACUAAAAGGCAGAAUCAUCACAUCCGGCAGUGUAGCUGACAAUAAAGAUUUUCAUACCCAAGCUAGUAAUGAGGAUACACCAUUCUUGUAUUGCCUUCUUGAAGCACCUUCAAGAAAGCCUGUUUGCUGCCCCCCUGCAAUGAGGUUUGUUGAAAAGUCUUCUAAAGGGCCAAUUUUAAUAAGGGCAGAUUCUGAAGGCUCUGUUAUCGUUUGGGCAGUUCCACAAAUAACCAAUGCACAACUUGCCCAAAUCAGGCAGCAGCCACCAAAUAAUCCGACAGCAAUGGGACCUAUUAUUAGCACAAGUAUCGCUGAAUCUUGGGCAGCAAUGAAACCCCCGCCUGUUGGAAUCCUUGAUCAAUUGGAAAGUGGUGCUAAAUUAACUGCAAGUAUUUAUUUGCCUCAACAAGGGCGCUUGGUAGUAGGCAGAGACGAUGGCACAAUUGUAAUUGUCCCUGCUACUCAGACUGUUAUGUUACAGUUACUUCAUGGCAAUCAUCAACAAUAUGAUGAUUGGCCGCCCCAUCAGAUGUUAGUUGGCCAUUCUGGACGAGUUAAUUCUCUCCUUUAUCCAUAUCAUGUUCAUCCUCGCUACGACAAAUCACAUCUAGUCAGUGGUGGGGUUGAUUUUGCAGUUUGUCUUUGGGACUUAUACGCUAGUACUUUGCUGCAUAGGUUUUGUGUCCAUGCCGGAGAGAUAACUCAGCUACUGGUUCCACCAAACACUUGCAGUCCCCGAGUUUUAGAGUGUAUAUGCUCUGUUGCUAGUGAUCACUCAGUUACUUUGCUUAGCCUUACAAAGAGAAAAUGCAUUGUACUUGCCUCGAGACAUUUAUUUCCGGUUGUGAAUAUAAAGUGGAGGCCCUUGGAUGACUUCAUGAUUGUGGGUUGUUCAGAUGGAACUGUUUAUGUGUGGCAAAUGGAAACAGGCCAUUUGGAUCGAGUACUUCAUGGAAUUAAUGCUGAAGAGGUGAUGUAUGCCUGUGAUGAAAACACCUCGUCUGCAAUUUCUGGAGAGUCAGGUUUGGCUAACCCAGCAGUACAUUUUUUUAGAGGUCUUAGACACAGAAAUAUAUCAGCCAUUCGUCAUGCUACUCAGCGUGGGCUUCAUCAGCUACAACAACUCAGUCACCAUAAUCAUCACCAUGGUGAUGACCAACAGAAACCAAGAGCCUUCCCGCUCAUGAUACAAGGGUUAAGAACAAAUCCUAAGGAUCCUGAAAGUCAUAUAUUAUGCUUUGAUAUAGAAGCUCUUAUAGUUGAGCUUUUGAGCGAAGAAUAUAGUGCUAUGUCUCCUGGUACUCUAGAAGCACAUGGUCUUAUCAAUGCCUCAGAGUAUCAAAAAGUUGCUGCUCUUACGACAUCCGCUUCACCUGAUGCUCAGAAGAAAAUAGCUGACUUCUUUGGUAAAAUGAAAAAUAAAGCAGGAGACAUGGAAAGGAUGCUUAAGGAAAAAGAUAAACACGGAAUCAUUGCCAAAAUGAAAGAGGGUGCAGAAAACAUGCAAACCAAAUUACACGCAAAGGCUGAAAUUGUCGGAUUCAAACCUAUUUCAAGUGACUCUAAAGGUGAUGGUAAUGAAGUUAGUCGUGUGAAGGUAUGUGAGGCAAAUCUUAUGAUGGAACUUUGCCAGCUCCUGCUUUCUCUUCUGCACGCUUGGGGGCUGGAUCCCCAUCUUGAUCUUCUAUGUGAGAGUAAGCUUGGUCUCUUGAGGCCGCUUGUCCCCGUCUCAUUUGGAGUAAUUUCCAAAGCAGGUUAUAUGAGUCUUUUACUUCCGACAUGGCAACUCUGCCAGAAAUCUCCACCAUCUCUUGAAAGUAACCCUUCAGGGGGAUCGAGCCUAUCAGCUCAGAUACCUCCAGAGCUGGUAGAAUUGGAAAAUGCCACAAGACAAUUUACUUCAACUACACAUUGGGAAUUGAGCACAAGUGUAACAACAAAUCAUUUGUUGGCGAUAGUUGCACUUGCGAAUACACUCAUGUCUAUGAACAAUGCUUCAUUUGUCGCAGAACAGGAAAGAAAUAGAAAAUUAAUGAGACAAAAUACCAUUCGUGCAUGGGGCCCAGAUGAAAUUGCUAACGAAGAAACAGUUUCAUCUCAAAUCAAGCAGGGCUGGUGCCUCCUCGCAACUCUCCACUGUGUACUUUUACCAGAUAAAGUGGCACAAAGAGGUUCUAAAGCAUUCAAAAGGCCUCGAGUGGAGAUGAUGGCAUCAAGAUGGCAACAUCACUGUUUAGAAGUAAGAGAAGCAGCCCAAGCUCUUCUUCUUGCAGAAUUGACUAGACUUGGCGCUAAGGGAAGAAAAGCUUUAGUUGAUCAUUGGGCCCAGUACCUACCAAUGUACAACUCAAAUGAAACACAAAACACAAACGCACCACCUCCUCUAGCAUCCACUCCAAAUCAAAUCCAACCCCAACCUACACAACAACCAGUUGAAAGCAACCAUCCACAAUUACAUGAAGAGGAUGAAUUUGAAGAUGAAGAAAUGGCUGAGGAACUGUACUUAAGAAAACCAUCAUCAGCUGCAGAACUUAAAAGAAAACAGACCACUGCAGUAGUGUUGUUAGGGGUUAUUGGAUCUGAGUUUGGGCAAGAUGUUGGUGAAAAGAAAAAAGAAGGCGAUCAAAGGAGAAAAAGCUCUAUAAUUGAAGGAUUCGGCAUUGGAAAUAAUAAUCUCGCUAGAUUAACAAGUUUAGCUUUAACAUACCUUUUACUCACACCACCCUCUAAUCGCCUUCCAGCACAUACCCCAUUAAGAAGAGCAGCAAUAGAUUUAAUAGGUAGGGGCUUCACAGUUUGGGAGCCAUAUAUCGAUGUAAGCAAAGUUCUACUAGGACUCCUUGAGCUUUGCUGUGAUGCUGAUAAGCUCAUUCCUAGCAUGACGUAUGGACUUCCUUUAACACCUGCUGCUGAUUCAGCUAGGACUGCUAGACACGCUCUUACUCUGAUUGCAACAGUUAGGCCUGCUGCCUUCAUUACAACCAUGGCUAGAGAGGUUGCAAGAUACAAUACACUCCAACAGAAUGCACAGACAUUAAAUGUCAAUUUGUCAAAUGCAGUGCUGCACAGAGCCAAACCUGAAAUUCUGCGUUGUGUUGAACUACUGAUUGAGAAAAUGCAUGCUGAAAUGGCCGAUCUUCUUGUUGAGGUUGUGGAUGUUAUAUUGCAUUGUGUUGAAUCUGGCCAUCUAAAAGUAAAAUGCUUGAGUGAGGUAUUCCCUGCAAUCUGCCGUUUUAACCAAGUGAGUCACUGCCCCUCUACAAGAAGAAUUGCAGUUGGUGCCAAGUUUGGCACAAUCGCUUUAUAUGAACUUAGAUCGUCUAAAUGCCAGACCAUCAAAGCCCACGAUUCUGCGAUAACAGCCAAUGCUUUCUCUCCAGACGGUAAAUAUUUAGUGUCAUAUAGCUGUGGUGAAAACAAGCUUUCAUUUUGGCAGACUUCAACAGGCAUGUUUGGUCUAGGAAACAGUCAAACAAAGCGAAUUAAAACAUACAGCACUUCUCCAGUGGCUGAAAUAUCGAGGUUAAAUCCCAUGAGGGCUGCCAAAUUGGUCUGGAUCAGCAAUAGAACAGUGAUACUGAUGUUGGCUGAUGGGUCAGAAACAAGAUUCAAUGUUUAAAUGUGUGCCACUGGUUUUUUUUUGUCUUUGUAAAUUUUUAGUCAAAUUUUAGAAAAAAUGCUAAUCUGAUGCCAAUUGCUAUUUUUUAAUUUUAGUUUACAAAAUAUGUAUUACUAAUAUUCAAAAAAGGCAAGAUAUUUUAACACAUAUUCUGACAAUAACCUAUUUUUGUUACACAUGUUUUAACACAAGAUGUAAUAAGAAUUUCAAAAUGUAUUAUACAGAAAUCCAUACAAAUUUAAAUAUUAUCUACCCGUCCCGAUCAUUUAUGUAUUAUAUUAUAAGCUUUACAAAAUUAACAUUUAACAUGUAAGUUAUAACACACAAAACUUAAGUAAAUUGUUACGCAUUACUUCAUUAUAUUUUAAAAUACUGCAUUAUAA